UGUCUAUGUGUUAAAUUCAAGUUAUUUUGAGUUUUACUAGUUCUCCUCCGACUUUAGUGAUUAAUGAUUGUUACUAUUUUCAGUUAAAUCAAUAACAAUCUUUUCGAUUCCACCUUUUUAUCCGCAUUAAUCUAUUUUGAGUUUAUCUACUACAGCCUGAGUUUUGACUAAUGGGCCAGGCUUUGUCAUCGAACAACGCGACGGUAAUAGCUUCAACGAGACGAAGUGUAGCGGCUUGUGUAAUAUCGCGAAAAUAACCGAGUACGUGUUUAUUGUCGCGUUUAAGCUACAGUUCGAAAUCUAUUUCGAGUGAUCUUCCAAACGAAGGUACAGUUCGCAAGGUUUAUCGACCAGUGUUUGUCGCUCAAAACGCGAAUGGUGAUGCAAUGGAUUUUCCCCCCGAGUGAGCGGGUUUUGUCAGCUCAUGCAACGCAAUGACCACCCUCCGUCACGUGGGAGUGAAUCUCUAAUCCAAUUAAUUUCAUCGCGAAAUAUUGCGCCCGAUGCCCUACUUCAAAAUUCAUGUUUCAGCUUUUAAUGUCAUACAAUAUUGUACCGCCAAAAGGUAACAAGAUCCGGCAAUUUGUAAUGUGAUCAAUUGUGACCGCGAGUCCGUGUCGGAUCUGGAGCACGCUCCGACUUUCGGCUGCGUGUUGUUUCUAGUAAUCCUUUGUAUUGAGCCUGGCUUUCGUCGAUAGUUGUUCGCACCGAAAUUUCGCGUGUUUAAUGCGUUUGUGUGCUUGUUUCGUCUUGUUUUUGACUAAUAUACCGGCAACGAUAUUGAUUUAACGUGUUUCGGUUCGUGUGAUAACCUUUUUAUUUUGUCUAGAUCAAAACAUGUUUCAUCAGAAAUGCACAUCGAGUGUCUUCAGACCAUCGUGUAAUUGUUUACCAAUACGAACCAGUAUUCUUUGUUUUCUCCAGUAACUAUGACUUGAUUUUAAUUCUUUUUAUGCAAGUGUAGAACCCGAAAUUCGUGAAUGUAGACUGUGUUCAGUGCGGAAUCCCAUGUAUGAAUGGGAACUCAGGUUGCCUUUUUGAGGCGUAAUCAAUGUUGUCAUGGCCCCUGUCCCAUCAGAAAAUGCUCGGUUUGAUUCUCUAAAGCAGCAUCCUAUCGACGCAGUGUUGUCUUUGAUAAAACUCAAAUCAAAGCAGAAACCAAGGAGCCAAAGUGAUCCAACCAAGGAUUCAUCCUGCGAGGAAACAGUUGAAUCUCUCUUGCCUGUUAACUGUGAGUAUGACGUGCAGUUGAUGAAAUUGUUACAGUCUCAAAGCAUUUACAAGUCUGAUAUUGACUCUCUCUACAAAUCCAAUGAUAAUUUCUCCCGAGUUCUGUGUGCGAAAAAUCAGCUAAAUACUAAGUCGCCUACGAAGGCCUCGGGAAUCAAGUCGCUUCAUAACAGUGCUGUGAAGCCGAUAAUGAACAAUAGUGACAUGCCUAUGGGUGAUUUGAAUAACAUGGGGCUGCAAAAAUCUAAUUCAGAAAUUCUCGGUCAGGAAACAAGCCUGUUCAUUAAAGAGAAGAGCUAUCCGAACGACAUGGAACAGUUACUGAAGCAACUUGGACCCGACAUGCUCCCUGAUUGCAAUAGUGCUGAUGGUGCUGGUGAUAUUGAAAAUGUUGAAGAGAUAUUUCAAGCUAUUAAGAAUUUUGAAUCUAACAACACCUCCGAACCAAUGGUUUGCGGUGACCCUGGCGAGAUGGACAAUAUGGUCUCCGAGGCGAAUGAUGACAAUGAAGUCAUUUUUCCUAUGGCUGACUCAGCUGACAUUGCUGGCAGCCUUUCCAACUUUUUCAAUGAUGUUGACAUGAUGGGCAUCUGCGUUGAUGACAACGUCGCAGAUAUCCAGUCUGGGAAAGAUGCCAAAUUGAAAGACACAUUGAAUGAAAUGCAGAAGAGACAGUUUCACCUGCAGCGGAAAGAAGAGUGGCUGAAGCGUAGAAUGCACAAAAUGCAAGCUAGGCAGAUGACGAAACAAGCAAGUGAAGAUGUUGUCAGUUUUCUAGAGUUCGCUAGUAACUCAUCCGGUGAGACUGCAUCUUUAAGACCUUUGCUGAACUGUCAAAAUGCCCUAACCAGCGACUUGAAGGCGUUGAGGAAGAAGAUGCCGUAUGCCAAUACUUCUAUAUUUUUCCGUCGCCUGGAGCAGUCUUUGAAACAGAGGCACACAGUGCCCACCCUCAAAUCGUCGGUCAAAUAUUUUGGGUCUGGUCGAUCGAGCAGUGUGUCGAAAGGUGUGACAGUUGUUACACCCAAGUUAAGUGCGGAAGUGCGAUCAGAAUUAGAACGGGUAGCUGGAACUUCACUGGCACAUCUGGAUGCGGUUCAACGCGCCCUUGACUCGGAUGCCACUGCCAGUAGCUCUGGUGCGGAGAGCUGUGAUGAAAUGCAAAAUUUCAACAACCAACAUCAGCAGCAUCUUCCCAUAGCCAAAAGAAGCCUGUGGAAGUAUGUCAAAGAAAGGGCCUUGAUUGGAAGCAAGUGGGUAUGGCUGCAAGCUCAAAUUGCUGACCUACAAUACAAAAUUCGGGAAUACGAUGAGUUUCUUAGCAAAGUCAAAGCAACGAAAAAGUGCGUUGAGCUGAAGCCAGAAAGUGCGGCGAGUAGUAGUAGUGUGGUUAUCAAUGGUUAUCAUGGCAGUUUGCCUGGUGCUGUUCCCGGUUCGAAUAAAGAUGAUGAUGAGAGUGCGAGUCAUUGUGCCCGGACGCAGCCAUUUUGUCGGAGUUCAUUUUCAAAUCGUAAGCUUGGUCGUGUCUCGGAUAUUUUUAAAGUUAGUAAGAAGCCAAUCAAGCGAUCAACAGUCAUGUGUAGGUGCACUUCUUCGUUGUCGUGUAUUCUGUGUGCGGGAUCGGUUGAUAAACCAACGCUGGCGCCGAAACAGUUGCCUGAUAGUUCCCUCCCAGAAAGGAUUGCUGCUCUAGACCCCGGCUUUCAUCCCAUCUUGUCUUUUAGUAGUGAUGUAUCAUUAUCUACUCAUCUAAAUUCAUUAAUGCGGGUACCAGAAUGGCAGCAAGGCGUUUCUCGAAUGAGCAUAAAAUCGUACUCGUCGAGAAGUGUGGAUUCAAGCAGCGACUCGGUGAACCCGGAGAAGAGACUGAAAUUGGCGCCCUCUGUAGAGAUGUUCCAACAUAGGAAGAAACUUAAUACGCUUAAAAAUUCCUCAAUUCAUGGCCCUGGCAUGAAGAAAAAACCUGGUAUUAGGGGUAGGAAGCCCAAGAUUUUAAAGGAGAAUCUGGGUUGUCAUUCUGUCGAAAAAGUCAAAGCGAAACGAGUGGCGGUGAGAUCGAUGGACGACGAGCAGAUACUUGUUUCAGAGACUGGCUCAGACAUCCACGUUUCACCCCCUGCAUCGCCCGGGCACAACCAAAGCGCGUCUGUCGCGAAAGCACCUGACAGGAACGAAUUCACCAGGCGAAAGCGGGAAAAUUCGUAUGACAUUGACAACAUUGUCAUUCCUUACAGUGUGGCUGCGAUGACAAGGGUAGAGAAAUUACCUUAUAAAGAAAUUUUGACACCCAAGUGGCGAGUCAUUGAGGAGGACUACCUCACAGACGCUAAAAACAAUGAUGUUAAAACACCUAGUCAAGAUAGUGAUUGUGAAGAUAUUAGCGAUGAUGCUGUCGCAUUGAGGCACGAGCGCUGUGAAAAAGAAGAGCGUGCCAAAUUUAGAUCCUACCUCAUUAAGCCUUCCGGCAUGUCAAGACCCAGGCACAGGAGACUUGAUAAUCCUGACUCAAUGGAUUUCGAGAGCAGUUCACCGAUGACGACACCUCCUGCUACUCCUCAGCCUGUGAUUGAUAACUUCUGUGAUCAAGUUACAUUGCGAAAGCGUGCUCCCUCUGUAACGAAAAAGGAAAAAGAAGAUGUAAAUAGCCCUAUUGACUGUGAUGAACAGGUGGCACCCUAUGAACCUCGAGAGUUUCCCCUAACGGAGGAAACAUACAAGAAAAUGUUAGAGGACAAUAUUGAAAUAGCCAGAAGUAUUCGGUAUACGCCUCAAUAUUUCCCAAUAACAAAUCCUGACGAUGGAUCAGAGCCAAGUCGCAAUGCUUCGUCUGCUUCUUCGUCAUCAGGGAGUGGUGACUCCCUGAACAUGAUUCCUGAAGAUAUGAAUGACCCCGACUGGACAUCCGGCCUCAGCGCACGUCGAAAGGACAAACUGUGAACUCGCUCGGAGCGAGUUUUCUCUGUAAAGUUGCCUUUUCAUUCCUGUGUAAAUCUCCCCAAUUUGUUUGUUUAUUGUUGGCAUUGUUAUUUACUCACUGACUGAGCGUCAGUGAACAUGAUACGAAACUUUCACCCCCUCCCCUUCCCCUCCCGUACCCCCCACUUGCACUGUUACCAUUCAGUCGUGCUCUGAAGGAAUAAAAGAAAGAAAAAUUCCGUAUCAAAUUUUAUCUGUCCUACAACUUUGAAUUUAAGCUAUUUAUUUUUAUAGUUCCCAUAUCUUGUAAAAUGUUAUGUAAAUAUUGUUUGUACAAAGUUGUAACCUUUCUUUUUCCUUUUUUUACUCUUCCUCUAGUGUAAAUUGUGAUUCCAUUAUAUAAUUAGUUUUGUAACUAUCUACUGUUUUAACAAUAAGGUCUUAAUUUAUCUGAAGGAUGCUUCAAAAAAAUGAAAAAAGAAGAAAAAAAAGAAAUAAAUAGACUUAAAAAUCAACAAAAAAAGGUUCUUUUUUUCCUUCCCCUCUUCGCUCUGAUGUAAGCUCUCCUUCCCCUUGUUGUUCAUUUGUUCCUUUUUAAUUUUUUCUAAGUGUAGCUAUUACAAAUUAUUUUACAGUUAAUAUUGGAAUGGUAUUGUUAAAAUGCUAACUAUUAAGUGUCGUUUAUUGAUACACUUUGAAAUGCUCUUACCGGUUAUUCUUUUUCUUUGAUUCUGUACCAUCAGUGAGAACAGAAAUUGCAGUAGUCUGAGUCGUAGAUCUUAUCAAAGUCAGCGCUUCAACAUUUUGACAUCCUCCAACAAAUCGCCACAUUUGCUAAAGCAUAGUAUUGAGACUAGCAAUCCUAGCAUCUUCUUGCGAUACACGUUUUAAUGUGUGAGAACUCUUUGUUGUGCCAAAAUUUCGAAAAUUAGUAUGUGGUUUUACUGCUGUACAGAUGUAGUGUAACGCCAGUUUUUUAUUGUUAAUGCUUGUUAACGUUUUAAUCGUAAAAUUUGAAACAGUCUCCCUACAGGGGUUAUUCCCUACCGUUACAUUGUAUGCAUAUCACGAUUUUGCUGCUUGAAGCUUAAAUUCGCCAAGCAAAAUUUAGCCCUUCUAAAAUUGACCCACUUAAAUUUUUAAGUAGUUAUGCAAUCGAAUGCUGACCGAUAAGUUCCCUCUUUGACUCCAGCUACAGUAAUUUCAGCCUGUUACAAUUUUUUGUUUCUAAUGGAGAUCGAAGCGAUUUUUUGCAAUCCGUAGGAUGCUUUUAGCUUUUAUCUAUUAUGUUUUAUUUAUAGUUGGUAGUAUUUUUUAAAAUUUCUAAGAGUCUGUUAGUGUUUUCCUUUUUCAUAAGCAUCUGUAUCAGAAAGGAAAGAGGAGGAUUUUGAAUUUAGAUAGAAGUUAAAACCAUUAACCAAGCUCAUAUGAAUCGUUAAUUAAAUGAGUGCUAGGUAAUGCUCCUGCUCUAAGAUUGUUAACACCUGUGUCUUCGGUGUCAAAUAAAUUGAAUAAAUCUUAUGCCAUCUUAA